CAAGCUGUCAUGCCUGUGUUUUUGUUGCUGUAGUUAAGUGCAGCAGCUGGCACAUUGAGGUUGAGUAGACGGCACUGAACACAUCAUUAUAUUUUAGCAACAUUGCCAUUCCUCAAACAGAGUUUCUUAUGGUCUUGUAUUCCAUUUAAUACAUAUUUUCUCUUUCACUCGGAAAAGCUUUGGAGCAGCGCAAGUUCUUCCUCCUGGUGCAGGUGGUUUGUGUCCUGAUUGAUUUCCCACCAUGGAGAAGCUGUGGAAGGUGGAGUUUCAGAAUGUGGGUCGGAGCUACCACCCGCAGAGCCGAGUAGAGUUGCACUACAGCUUAAGCACACAGCACACCUGGGCUAGCAAUGAUUGGAUUGGACUCUUCAAGGUGGGUUGGUCAACGCUGAGAGACUACCACACCUUCGUGUGGGCACUCGUUCCAGGGGACUACACAGAGGGAACCAGUGCCAAUUGCUGUGUGCAUUUUCAAGCUUGCUACUUGCCCAGACCGAGUCUGGUGGAGUACCAGUUUGUGUAUGUGACUGGGAAGGGGGAGGUGUGUGCCCGCAGCUCCCAGUUUACCUUCUGCGCCCCCAACCCACUGGAUGACCUGGUCACUCUGGAGCAAGAGGGUGACGGAACGGAGGAGGGGGGGGACCUUCUGCUGGUCGUGCCCAGGGCUGAGCUUCUACAGACCCGUCUGGAGGAGUGCUUGAGGGAGCGGGCGGAGCUGCUUCAGGCCAGGGAGGUGGUGGAAAGGGAGAAGAGGAGUGAGGAGGAGAAGAGAGAGGGGGUGAGGGGCGAGUGGGACCGGGUCCGGGGGGAGCUGGAGGCCGAGAUCGCGGGGUUGAAGGAGAAGCUCCGACAGAGCCAAGAGAGCAUGGAGAAGAUGGAGGAGAAGCUACAGAGUGCACAGUCAGCUCAAGAGGGGGUCACUGCAGAGAGGGAUAGCCUAUUAGCCGAGAAAGUGCAGAGCCAGCAGCGAAUCAGAGAGCUGGAAGAUGACAUCAAAGUUCUGACACAAAGAGAGCUGGAAAAAGAGGCAGAGUUAGAAAAGAUGAAGGAGAGAGUGAAAAAGAUGACAAUGCAAAGAAGAGAUGAGGAGGAGGAAAGGAAGAGUCUCCAGAUGGAGAGCGAGGUGGCCCUGAGCGAGCUGCAUAGCCUGCAGGAGCGCCUCAACACCAGUGAUCGCAUGGUGGAGGGCCUGCGGGCAGAGCUCAGCGACCUGGCGGCCCAGCGGGACCAUGGCCAGGCAGAGCUGCACCAGGCCCGCCUCCAGGCCGCCCAGCUCACCCUGCAGCUGGCCGACGCUGGCCUCGCCCUGCGGGAGGGGCGGGCCAGCUGGGCCCAGGACCGCGAGGCCCUGCGAAACAGUGCCGAGAUGGACAGAGAGAGAGUGCAGAAGCUGAGCCGGGAGGUGCAGAGGAAGGAGGAGUGGCUGCAGGAGGAGAGGAUGGAGAGGGAGAAGGUGGAGCUGGAGCUGGUGAAGGAGAGAGAUACCAACAGGGCUCAGUUGGCUGAGGCACGCAGGGAACUGCAAGAGUUGAAGGCAAGUCAACGUGUGGCCCAGAAGGAUAAAGAGCAGAACAUGCUGGAGAAACAGGACCUCAUGGAUUACGUGCGUCAGCUGGAGCAGAGGCUGGAGGCAGUCGCCGACACCAAGUGGGUGGAGACGGCCUUGAACUCCAGCAGUUGUCCUAGCAGCCCCACAUCAGACGCUGAGGAUGAGAAUCCUGAGGCUCUGCAGCUGCCACGCUCUGCUGCUCCCCUGGUCUCCUACAGCCUGUGUGAGACUUCCCAAAUGGAGGUGCCGGUCCUGCCUAUUGACUCAUCCCCAUCCAAGGAACAGUCCCAGGGGGAAGUUGUCAUCUGCCAGCCAGCCCCCUUCUUGUCACCACGGCAACCAGGCAGUAACACUCCACCGCAUAGUUCAGAGUCGGAGGGGGAGGAGCAGGAGACAGGCCAAUCAGAGGGCCAGAGCUCCAGGGAGGAAACGGGCGAGGUGCUGCCAAACCACACAGGCACCAUCCUUAGUGAGCUUGCAGACUCCCCCCUGUGGUAGUGAGUGGAAACGCAAGAGGAACGCUCAGCUGGGGGCAAUGAUAAUCAGUUUGUUGCAUAUGGAUACACACACUGACUAUGCAAAUUUGAUAUCCAGUAUUUCUUUGCACAUAUAUAUGAACUUCGUAUUCCCAUUGGAACUGCAGUACGACCUAUAAAAUGCACUUAUACAAUAUGUACCACUGCCACACACACAAUGUAAUCACAGAAACUACUUACAUAGAGGGCAUGCAGCGUGUGAUCAUUUUUGAUGGACUGACCAACAAAAAAAAGGAGCUGUUUUUUGUUUGUUUUUUUACGUUGAGUGUGAAUGUAAAAUGUGUGUGUGUUUCCAGUUUUUUUUAAAUGGGUUGACCUCAGUCUUUUGAACGGUUGAAUUUAGCCUCACUCUACCACGCACUAAAAGUCUAGUAUCUGUGGUGGUUCUGAUGCCCAGCUCUCUCUCUGAUGCCAGUGCUAUCUUUCCACCGGAGCUGUAUGCCCCUUUAAAUUGACACACAGAUUUAGUGAGGGCCACAUGCUGACCGCGCAGUCAGCCCCGGUCAUGACGUUCACAGUCUGCGUAAUGUUCCAGUGAACAAUGAUACAGUGCUCCUGAGCCACAGCUGCAUUCACACUUUGUAUGAAACACACAGUGGACGGAGGGAGGCCACCACCCCACUGAGAAUCUUUGUGUUUGUGGAUUGGUUGACACUCUUUGAAGUGUUUUGUCAGGUUUACUACGUUACCUGUGUGAAACACAUCCUGGAGGUGCUAACAGUGAUCACCCGAACAGAGCUGGAAUACAAUGCUAAUCCCCACCCCUCACUUCUCCAGUGUCUUCCGCUGAUGGAUGAACAUAGCAGGGGAAUGCAUGGGCAGUGAUGCACUACUUCUACUGUUAGCAAUCACCCUGGCCAAAGGGAGCCUCCCACAGUCAGAUAUGCGCAUUUUUCUCUAGUGAAAGUUAACUUUGUGUGAGUGGCAUCACAAUCAGCAUUGGAAAAAAGUCAUUACACACUGAACAGGCUGAGUAUAUACGUAGCAUCGGGGAUCAGAGUUGCGUCCAUGGGACAUUUGGUCUGCAACGUCUGGGAUAAUUUUAAUGGAGCUGUGUUUACAUCAGAGCAAGGCUGCUUCAGCUUUGAUACUGCAGCCUCACUAAACAACAUCCUGGGGGUUUGGGGGGCAUGGUACAGAGAGACCUCUGUGUAGGUGUUCACUGCUGUACGAACUCACAGUAUCCAGUUUACAUGGGUACUGAUAUCACAGUUAACUGUUACCUGCCAAAAAUUCAUGGUAUGAGGUAUGAGGUAUUCAUGGUUCAGGGUUUCUUAACAGAGCAUAAGUUAUGCACAGUUUAAGGUAUAUUCCUCAUCCUCAUAGAUUAAUAAAUAGUAUGUUUAAAUCUAAUUUUUUCAGCAACAACCAUGAGUGAGACUGUACUGUGCUUUGUAGUUUUAGAGGAACAUAAAAUAAAAAGCAAUAUUACUUUGAUAGAGAUUGAAAGAAUGCAUGAAGACCUGACGAAUGCCAAAAUCUAGGAAUAUUUUGGGAAGGUGAUGUAUUGAAUUACCCUAACCCUAACCUGUAUCAAUGGAAAUGUGAGGAGAGACAUUUUUUUAAAUGGCAAAUCAAUACCUGUUGAGUUGUUAUAUCCUGGAGUUACUGGUUUAACCCUUAAAUCUGAGGGGGGUCUCACAGAGAAUGUGUCCUAGGAAUGCACUGAAAGCAGAAUGACUUCAGAGGAGAAUGGCACAGUCAGCCUGCUUGGGUCUCCUCUGUGCAUGACCCAGGGGUCCACAGGAAUGCCUUUGUUUUAGCUUGUUUGAAAAUUAGAGGCACCUUCUGUGGUUGUUUUGCUAUUUACUGUAAUGUGCACCUGUUAUACUGCUACAAAACAUCUGCUUAUAGCUGAAUAUGAAUUGCAUUUUGCAUUUGCAGAAGGGUGUCUGUACACAGUACAGGAUGUUACUGGCUCCUUUGGAUCAUAUUGAUAGUAAUUAUCAAUAGUAUUGCUUACAUAUACAUACAUCAGGCCAAAGUCUGGUUUUGACCCAGAACACAGUGCCCCAUGAAAAGGGAGGGGGAUGUCCUCCUCCUUUAAAUGACGCUGUAGAAGAGUGUUUGCUCACAGCUGUCACCGAUUCAGCAUAAAUCCGUUAGCCAGGUGCUUUCUUCUGGUUUGUAUAUGAAAACCAUGCUGCUGUGACCUGACUGGGACAGGAGAAUGUCUUGCAACUUGAAAUCAGUGACUGGAACCAUGUAAAAGUCCUGCAUGGAAACCCCUCAAAUGUUGUUGCCUCCCUCAUUAUCAUGAUAGUCAUUAUUACUAUGAAAUCUUUACUAUUAUGAGUGUUAAAACUUUUAAUGUAUUUUUACUUUGAUUUCCCAUGUAGAGGUCAUGCUGUUUUGGAGGUUGGUUUUGGGUUCCUCCUGGGAGCCUGUAAAAUCUUCAUGCAAAGGAUCAUGGGAGAGUAUUCUUUCAGCAACAAUGUCCUACUGAGAAAUGGUGUAGCUUGCACUAGCAUGUUUGCACAGGCCAUGGUUGCCAUUGCAGCUCAACAAUAUUUUGCUGCCUGCUUUUAUUUUAGCCCUUUUUGUCUGUUUUUGGCCAUCGGUUUCCAUAAAGU